AUGUUCAGCAACCACUCAGAAUUCAGCCCCCCAGUUUUCCUCCUGACAGGCUUUCCUGGGCUAGAAAAACACCACCUCUGGAUCUCCCUCCCCAUCUGCUCCAUGUACCUCGUGGCCAUCACAGGGAACUGCGCCAUCCUCUUUGUCAUCAAGACGGACCAAACUCUCCACACCCCCAUGUACUAUUUUCUUUCUAUGCUGGCACUCUCAGACCUGGGCUUAUCCUUUGCCACUUUGCCCACCAUGCUGAGUGUCCUGUGGUUCAACCACCGUGUGAUCCAUUUUGAUGCCUGCUUGAUCCAGAUGUUCUUCAUCCAUACUUUCUCUAUUGCUGAGUCUGGUAUUCUACUCUCUAUGGCCUUUGAUCGCUUGGUGGCCAUCCAGAACCCUCUGAGAUACACCAGUGUUUUGACCAAUGGGACAGUGAUCAGAAUUGGAGUAGGAGUUGCAAUUCGGGCUACUUGCUUUGUCCUACCGGGUUCCAUCCUUCUGAGGCAUCUGGAAUAUGGAAGGAUAAAUGUCCUUUCCUAUUCAUUCUGCCUGCACCAGGAUGUCUUAAAGGUGGUUUAUUCAGAUAGGAGGAUCAACAGUGUCUAUGGCCUGAUAGUAAUGCUCUUGUCCACAGGGGUGGAUUUGCUUCUGCUGGUCCUCUCCUACUUCAUGAUCCUCAAGACUGUCUUGGGAGUUGCUUCCAAAGAGGAACGCUUUAAGACGCUCAGCACUUGCAUCUCCCACCUCUGUGCUGUCCUCAGUUUCUACAUCCCCAUGCUUGGGCUCACCAUGAUCCAUCGAUAUGGGAGGCAUGCUCCCUGCAUCGCUUACAUCCUCAUCGCCAACACUUAUUUGUUAGUGCCUCCCAUGACGAACCCCAUUGUGUACAGUGUGAAAACCAAACAGAUCCGCAUACGGAUUCUCAGGAAAUUUCAGAAAGGUGGAGAACAGUGA